AUGGCAGACGUAGAUGAGAGAGGUAGGGCAGGGAGAGAUGAUUUAGAGAGGUAUUGUAGCGAGUUGAAAAAGCUUGCCAUAAAAAUCAUUGACAUAAUGGGAAGUGCCCUGAGUGUGGAGAGAAAGGAAAUUAGAGAGUUGUUUGGUGAUGGAGUUCAAUCAAUGAGGAUGAAUUACUAUCCGCCAUGUCCCCAACCAGAGCUAGUUAUGGGACUGAAUCCCCAUUCUGAUGGUGGAGGUCUUACUAUCCUUCUCCAAGCCAAUGAAAUGGAAGGUCUUCAGAUCAACAAAGAUGGACUGUGGAUCCCUGUAAAACCCCUCCCCAAUUCUUUCAUCAUCAACGUUGGAGACAUGAUUGAGAUAAUGACAAAUGGGAUUUAUCGAAGCAUCGAGCACCGAGCAACAGUGAACUUAGAGAAGGAAAGACUUUCCAUAGCUGCAUUUUACAACCCCAGCAUGGAAGUAACUAUAGGUCCAGCACCAAGCCUUGUUACUCCCAAAACACCAGCAGUUUUCAGGUCAAUUAAAGUAACCGAAUACUACAGGGGAUACCUCUCCAAAGAACUCAAAGGGAGAUCACACCUUGAUAGCAUGAGGCUCCAAAACAACGAUUACAGAAACUCUUCAAACUGCUGUGAUCCCAACCAGAUACAUUCUACAAACAUAUGAACCUUCUGUUGCAUGCCUAUUUCUUUAGUUUCUGCUUUACAAUACUUUUUCAGUUUCCCGUGUGAAACUUAGACGCCACGAAUUUGGUGAUUUUUUCUCAAUAAAAAGUCAUUGCAACUAGUUAAGUUUCGUGUGUGUUUAAUAACUAAU